ACCUCCUCCUCCAUUUUUUUUUCCGAGAGUACCCUCCUCCAUUUCUAAUCCUCCUCGCACUUCCGUCGUCGUCUAGGGAUCGAGCCGGCGGAGAGCGGUGAGGAUGAUGAUGACGCGGGCAUCGAUGGGCGCCAUGGAUGGGGCCGCGUUGGAUGAGGUGGUUCGGCGGCUCGUCGAAGGGGGCCGCGGCGGGCGCCAGGUCCAGCUGUCGGAGGCGGAGAUCCGCCAGCUCUGCGUCGAGGCCAAAAGGGUGCUCCUCUCGCAGCCCAACCUCCUGCGCAUUCCCGCGCCCGUCAAGAUCUGCGGUGAUAUCCAUGGUCAGUUUGUUGAUCUUCUGAGGCUGUUCGAUUUGGGUGGCUACCCUCCAACUUCGACUUAUCUUUUCCUUGGAGACUACGUGGAUAGAGGCAAACAAAGCUUGGAAACCAUAUGUCUGCUUCUGGCGUAUAAAGUGAAGUACCCUGAUAAGGUUUUCCUGUUGAGAGGAAACCAUGAAGAUGCAAAAAUUAACAGAGUUUAUGGUUUCUAUGAUGAAUGCAAGAGGAGAUUCAAUGUUCGUCUGUGGAAGAUAUUCUGUGAUUGCUUCAAUUGCUUGCCUAUGGCAGCGCUUAUUGAUGAUAAGAUAUUCUGUAUGCAUGGUGGCCUCUCACCUGAAUUGAAUAGCUUAGAUCAAAUUAAGGAUAUUGAGAGGCCUGUUGAAAUUCCUGACUAUGGUCUUCUAUGUGAUUUGCUUUGGUCUGAUCCUAGUUCUGACACACAAGGGUGGGGGGAGAGUGACAGAGGUGUUGCUUGUACUUUCGGUGCGGAUAAGCUUGUAGAAUUUUUGGAGAAGAAUGAUCUUGACCUCAUUUGCCGAGCUCAUCAGGUGGUAGAGGAUGGCUAUGAGUUCUUUGCAGAAAGGAGAUUAGUCACCAUCUUUUCAGCUCCAAACUACUGUGGAGAAUUCGAUAAUGCGGGUGCUUUGUUAAGCAUAGAUGAAAGCUUAAUGUGUUCUUUCCAGAUCUUGAAGCCAAAAGAAACAGGAGCACCACAUUCAAGAAAACCAAUUUCAAACAAGGCACCGACAGUGGACAAUGCUUAACUUGUAUUCAGUCACAUCGUCAUGAUUGUUGUCAGCUCGAAGGGGGUGAUCUUAUAUCCCAGAUCCACCAGGGCAUGACAUUAGAAGCAUUCUUCAGCCUGGUUCUCUUACGUUCUCCGCUACUUGCUCGCGGCACUGCAUUCUUGUGGAUGCAGUUGUUUUGUUUUUGUUCGUUUCUUUGCUUGAUUGCUGUGUGCUCUAUGUUUGAGCUGAGAAUAUAGUUAUGUAGUCAUAACCGUGCCAUCUAUGGCACCUACGUAAAAAAGAAAGGGAUUGAGUUAACUAUGCAUGUAAAUUUACGACGAGUGAAGUGAAGUUGAUGUCAGGUCAUCAUUUGAAAAUCGGGUCACGUCUUCAGUUUCC